AUGGCCAACGUCCCUGGUUCCUGUCCCGGUCUGGACGUCCCUUCCAAGGGGACCACAGAGGACCAUGUGGUCCCAGUCCUGGAGGACACACCUCCAGAACCAGCACCACCAGUGUUCAAGCGUAAGCUCCGUAAGGCCGCCGUGGGAACCGGCUGCGACAUCCGCCUCCGAGUGUCGGUGGGAGGAUUCCCCAAAGCGACGCUCAGCUGGUACCACAACGAGGAAGUCCUGCCUCCAUCGGAAGCCCAGGACUCGGGGGGGCUGUGGAUCCGGGACUGCCGCAUCAGCGACGCCGGCGUGUACACCUGCGUGGCGUCCAACGAGCUGGGAGAGGCCAGCUGCAGCACCGUGCUCGCCAUCAUGGACCUCGGGGAAGACUCUGAGGCCACGGAGGACGAGAGCACGGAGCCUCAGAUGGAAACCAAAGAAGGGCCCGGGAGGCCCCAGGACAAGGCCGGACGCAGAGGACCCUCAGGUGAGGGAGGACGGCUGACGGACUACAACCCCGACGCUCCGGACCGGAGGGCCACCCUCCCCGGCACCUACGACCCGGUGGUGGAGCGGGAGCUGCGUACUCUGGGGUCCCGCCCCCCCGGGCCCCACCUGGACCCCACCAACCCAGCCAGGAAUCAAACCGCCGACGCAUCACAGGGUCUUCUCUCCUCCUGCGUCCCCCUGUCCUCCCCCCAGCCCCCCCCCAUCAGAGACAGCAGCAGAACCCCGAACCAAGACCUGGACCAGACCAAGUCCUCGGAUCAGAGUGUGAACAGCGUGGUCAUGACGCCCAAACUGGCUCGAGCAGGACCCAAGAUCUUUGACAAGGUGCGAGCGUUCGAGGAGCGACGGGCCGGCGUGGACGGGACCGGGGGGGCAGACGGCGCUGGAAAGAAGACGGGGGGGCCCGGCAGAGAGGGACGAGUCCUCCAGAGACGAGAAGCUUUCAAACAACGGGCUUCUUCCUUAGAGGACAAGACCAGCUACUCCCAGAGGGUCCAGGGCUACCAGAGCAAGUUCGCUGAGGAGCUCCAGAGGAUCAAGAAGCUCGUGGGGAAGCCGAGCUUGAAGAAGGCUUACUCCACAGAGCAGCUGUCCCACAGGGAGAGAAGACCCGUGGAGAAGCUGCAGCCCAUUCCUCCCCAGGUGGUUCAGAAGCUGGAGGCCAGGCAGCGAGCCCUGGAGGAGGAGAAGGCCGGAGGAGCUCGACCUCGGAAGGCUGGAGGAGCUCGACCCCGGGUCCAAGGCAACGGCCUGACGGGUCUGAGUAGCGACCCGGUGAAGGAGAGGAGGACACGUCCGGAUCCUCGGGGGAAACCAGCGGACGGCUCAUCACAAGGAAACGCAGGGAAAAGCUCUGUUACCAUGGAGACAGCACCAGUUCACCAGUUACCAGGGCAACCAUUGCCAACAGCCACAAGGACGAGUCUCACCAGAGAGAAAGUACAAGUUGCUCCAGCAGCUGACAACACACAAGCGUCCUCCUCCAGAGACCUGGGGACGGACUCCAGGACGAGCAGCAAGGCAGGACGCCGCUCUCCCAGUCCCGGGGGGUCCCAGUGUCCCCCCAAGCCCCCCCGCCUCACCCCGUCACCCACCCCGUCCCUCAGCCCCCUGGUGAAGAGGAGGAAGGCGGAGGUGGCGCCGGCGAUGAAGAUGAACAUCCCCACGAUCCUGGUGGAGGACGAACCCAUGGAGGUCGAGAGCGUGAGGAGGAAAGAGAGGAGGGUCCGCAAGAGAGAGAGAGGGCGCUCUGCUCGACCGUCGGCUGAUGAGGAGCCAGCGGAGGUCCCGAGGUUUGAGAAGCCCCUCGAAGCCGCCACAGGGGCCCGGGGGUCAGAGGUCACACUGAGAUGUGUCGUCGCUGGAAACCCUCCGCCCACAGUGACAUGGAGGAAGGAGAAUGUGGAGAUCCGCAGCGAUGCCUCCCAUGUGGUGAAGGCUGCGGGCGAGGAGCACAGUCUGCUGGUGAAGCAGCUGAGGCCGAGCAGCGCCGGCUCCUACUGCGUCACGGCCGUCAGCGCGGCGGGCAGCGCCUCCUGCAGCGCGCCGCUCGCCAUCCAGUCAGAGACGUCCCACCUGCAGGGGGGACAAGCAGCCGUGUCCCUGGAGGUCAGGGGUCGGAUCCAGUCAGACGAGGAGCACCUGAGCCCCCAGGAGGAGGUCAUGGAGGUCGGGGACUCGAACACACUCAGUAAGAGCGUCUGCUUCAAGGAGCGUCCGUCCUUUCAGGUGGCGCCGUGUGACCAGGGGGCAACUGAAGGUCAAGAGGUCAUCAUCUCAGCGAAGGUCAGAGGUCAGCCUCUACCCAUGGUUUACUGGUUGAAGGACAAAGUCGCAGUGAAGACGUCCGGACGCUUCUCUGUUCGAGAGACAGACGACGGCCUCAGGGAAAUGAGAAUCAGCUCAGCCCAGAGGUCGGAUUCUGGGAUUUACGUCUGCAAGAUCAUCAACGAGUACGGGAGCCGGCAGGCGGAGUGCAGGCUGGAGGUGGCAGCAGCUGCAGAGCAGGCGUCUCUGGGAAUCACCCGGGGCGUCAGAGACGUGGCGGCGAGGGCGGGAGAGUCGGCCAAGUUCGAGUGUCAGGUCACGGGACCCCUGGACGUGGAGGUGGACUGGAUGUCCAACGGGAAGCUGAUCCAGCCGGCGCUGCUCAACUGUAAGAUGCACUUUGAUGGAAAGAGGUGUCGUCUGCUGCUGAACUCAGUCCACGAGGACGACAGCGGGACCUACACCUGCAAGCUGAGCACCGCCAAAGAGGAGUUGACCUCCAGCGCGACCCUGAAGGUGACCCCAUCCAAGGAGCCUCUGUUCACCCGGAAGCUGGACAUCCUAGAGGUCAUCGAAGGUCGCACGGCCCGGUUCGACUGUAAGGUCAGCGGGUCGCCGGCUCCACGAGUCACAUGGACACACUUCGAGAAACGAGUGGAGGAGAGCGAUAACGUGCGCUUCCUUCAGGAGAGCGGACGCCACUCGCUGGUCAUCACGCACGUCAGCGGAGACACCGAAGGCUUCUACACGGCCGUGGCUCAGAACCUCCACGGGAAGGCGGAGACCACGGCGGAGCUCUACAUGCAGGAGCCUCGAGCUGCUGCCUCCUCUCACAUGGCGAAGCUGGAGAAGAUGCCGUCCAUCCCCGAGGAGCCUGAAGGAGCGGAGAGCGAGGUGGAGAAGAGGACGAUGCCCGACUUCGUCAAACCCCUGGCCGACGUGGAGGUGGUGGAAGGGAAGGAGGUGGUGCUGCGGUGCACCGUGGGGGGUCUGCCCUACCCCAGCAUCGCCUGGUACCACAACAGCAAACGCAUCGAGAGCAGCGAGGAGCGCAAGAUGACCCAGUACAGGGAUGUCCACAACCUGGUCGUUCGGAGCGCUUGUCACGCUCACGGCGGCGUCUACAAGGCCGUGGUCUCCAACCGACUGGGCAAGGCAGCCUGCUACGCACAUCUGUACAUCACAGACAUCGUCCCUGAUCCUCCGGACGGCCCUCCAGUGAUCGACGCCAUCACAGGGAAAAACAUAAGCCUGAGCUGGAAGAAACCAAAGAGGCUCGACUCCUCGUUCGACAGCAGCUCUCUGCUGUACGUGGUGCAGCAGCAGCCGCUGGGCUCCGUCCAGUGGUCCGUCGUGGCAUCGAACCUGCGGGACACCAGCUACACCGUCACCUCCCUGUCCAAGGGGGUCCGCUACGCCUUCAGGGUCGUGACCUCCACCGGCAAGACGCUGAGCAAACCCUCCGCCUCCACCGACCUGGUGCAGCUGCUGGACAGAGGACCUUAUCUGAGGAAGGCUCCGGUGAUCCUGGACAAACCAGACGUGGUGUACGUGGUGGAGCACCAACCUGCGAGCAUCACCAUCACACUGAACCAUGUGCACGCAGCCGUCACCUGGAAGAGGAGGGGGGUGGUGCUGGUCAACAGACCCGGGAUGUACGAGAUGAGCAUGCCGGACGACGACCAGCACGCCCUGAAGCUGCAGCGGGUCAGGAGCACGGACCUGGGCCAGCUGGUGGUCGUGGCCAGCAACCAGUUCGGCAGCGACCUCUGCACGCUGCAGCUGGCGAUGGCCGUGCCUCCUAAGUUUGAAACCAUCAUGGAGGACCAGGACGUGCACGUCGGGGAGAUGUCUCGCUUGGCUGUCGUGGUCGAAGGGAAACCAGACCCAGAUAUUCUGUGGUAUAAGGACGACGUGCGUCUCUCUGAGAGCAACCACUUCACAUUUGUCUACGACGACCCUGAGUACUCCCUGGUGGUUCUGAACGCCCGGCCCGAGCACUCGGGCGUGUACACGUGCACGGCCAAGAACCUGGCGGCCUCCAACUCCUGCAAGGCUGAAGUCACAGUUCACACAGAGCGGAAAGAAGCUGCCGAGCCGAUGGAGGACGAGGGAACCAUUCUGAGGAAGAUGAGGCGUUUGACUGAUUACUAUGAUAUCCACAAAGAGAUAGGGAGGGGCGUGUUCUCCUACGUGAAGAGAGCGACUCAGAAGAAGGGAAAGGCCGAGCUGGCGGCCAAGUUCAUCUCGGCCCGAGGGAAGAGGAAGGCGUCGGCUCUCCGGGAGAUGGAUCUUCUGUCGGAGCUGGACAACGAGAGGAUUCUUUAUUUCCACGACGCCUUUGAGAAGAAGGACGUGGUGGUGCUCAUCACGGAGCUAUGUCACGAGGAGUUCCUGGAGAGAAUGGCCAAGAAAACCGUGGUCCAGGAGCAGGAGAUCCGCUGCAGCGUUCAGCAGGUGCUGGAAGGUCUCCGCUACCUUCACCAGAAGAACAUUGCCCACCUCGAUAUGAAGCCCGAGAACAUUCUGAUGGCGAGUCCAGGGAGGGACCAGAUCCGCAUCUGUGACUUUGGAAAUGCCGUAAAGCUGGAGGCGUCGGAGGAGCACUACUGCAAGUUCGGCACGCCGGAGUACGUGGCGCCGGAGAUUGUUAACCAAACUCCUGUUUCCACGGCAACAGACAUAUGGCCUGUCGGAGUCAUCACUUACCUCUGCCUGACUGGUGUGUCUCCGUUCGCGGGAGAGAACGACCGAGCCACGGCCUUGAACAUCCGGAACUACAACGUGGCGUUCGAGGAGAGCAUGUUCUCUGACCUCUGUAAGGAAGCAAAGGGGUUUGUCAUCAAGCUGCUGGUGCUGGACCGACUGAGGCCGAGCGCCACCGAGUGCCUGCGUCAUCCCUGGUUCAAGUCGCCAACGAACAAGAGCAUCAACACAGCCAUGCUGAAGCAGGUUCUGUCCAGGAGGCGAUGGCAGCGUUCCCUCAUCAGCUACAAAGCCAAGAUGAUCAUGCGUUCCAUCCCGGAGCUUCUGAAUGAAUCCUCCAACCACGUCUCCAUCGCUGUGGCACGACAUUUGAAAGAAGGCUGCCAACCGCUGUCCUCUUCCUCGGACUCCGAUGCAGACGUAGACGAGCUUCCCUUCAUUCCUAUGCCACUGUCCAUGGUCUUCUCCGGGUCCAGGGUCUCCCUCAACGAGAUCCCAGGGGAGGAGGAUGUCUCUGCGUGGCCCAGUGUCGCCACCGAUGGAACCAGGAGAGAGAACAGUUCAGAUAUAACCAGCCCUCGAGGAGCGGCUGGUCAAAGUCUGACAGAUGAAGAGCAAACUCCAAAUGGGGAGAAAACGGAAAAGACAAAACGAGUUCCACUGAAAAAAGGAACAAGUGUCGAGUGCGAGGAAUCCGACACGAGAGCCAGGAGAGCGACCAUGAGGAGAGGAAGCUCUGCUGACUCAGCGCUGCUACUCCACAUUGACCCAGAGGAGGAAAAAGCCAACGAGGAAGUAGAGGCGAGUACCAAGAGUCUGAAAAAGUCUGUUUCCAUGGAGCUACCCAACCGCAGCCCGAGCCCCGGGGCGGCCCACCUGAGCCAGGAGGACUACGCCCUGAAGCUGGAGCUGAUGAGGCAGCGGCUGCUCCGAGGAGGAAGCGUGGACAAGAAGAUGAGCGGCCUGCGAGGACCCUUGUUCGAGACGCUGGGUCUGGACGAGCAGAGGCAAACGGCGUCUUUAGAUCGGAAUCUGAGGAGAUCCAGAGCGGCGCCGCCCACUUUCACUAGAGCAGCGUCUUCUGAGAUCCCCGGGGAGGACACGCCCAAAACCAAAGUGUUCCGCAAGAGCUCCUCCUUCACUCAGGGGGAUUCUGAGCCGAUGCCCCUGCACCGCCGGUUCGGAGCCCCCUUAGAGAUCCCGUCGGGGGGCAGCGGGAGCAUCGAAGGGAGGAAGCUCCUGGAGGCCACCUCCAUGUCCGCUCUCACAGAACAAACUUCUCUGGAGUCUGUGUCCAACUCGCCCACUGAGAAGACCUCGUUUCUUCUCCCCACGCCAGGACUGGACCAGCAGAGACAGAACAAUGUGUCAGAACAUCAGGAGACGGAGAAAAGGACCAAACCCCAGUUAGAACCAGCAGGUCGAGUAGAACCUGGGUCCAGGUCGCCCUCUGUGAUCACUCCCAUCAUCGUGAUAGAGGAGGAUGACGAGCAGGAGGAGAGGAAGGAAAACAUCGAGUUACAUGUUGAUGAGGACGAAGAAGAAAACAGUGAAACAUCACCUGUGGUUCAAGAUGUUUCAGGACAGAUUCAAACAUCUGUGAUAUCCAAAGAACCUGCAGCUGCUUUAAAGCCCAAUGGUACGGACACGCCCACAUUACCUGAACAUCCAGCCGUGUUUGCCAAGGUCGCAAGUGGCGACCUUCCUGCCGCGGCCGGCCGGCCUCUGCUCCGAACCGACAUCAAGGACAUCGACUCUGAAGAAGUCUUCGAGGCUCGCUUCAAGAAACGAGAGUCGUCUCUGACCCGCGGACUCAGAAAGUUAAGAAACAAAUCCGAGGAGAGAUCUCCGGGCCAGAGCCGCAAGGCAGUGGAGGGGGGGGAGGAGGUGUACCGGCCCGGUGCAAGGGGGGCGCCUCUCGAGGUGGUCUCCAAGGGACUGCAGGAGAAGUCCGAGUCUGAUCAGGAUCUAAGAGACGCAGACAAGGAAUCAGGACUCGGUCGCAUCGGGAGGUUUUCAUUGAGGACGAAGAGAUCCGGAUCCGGUGAGAAGAAGGGGGGGGAGAAACCCAAAGGGGAGAAGAGCCAGGAUGUGAAGGAGCCUGCUGCUGGGAAGAGGGUUUCAUGGGCCAUGGGUCGCAGCAAGUCCCUGGACACCAAGGAGCUGAGCAGCGCAGAGAGAGAACACAGGAGAGCGGAGGAGUCCACGGUUUCCUCCAUCAGGCGCAAGUUUGAGUCCAAAGUGGCAGGAAUCUCGGCCAAGAUCCGGACGCAGUCGGACGAGAGGAAGGAGAGCGAGGCUGGAGGAAGUCAGAAGGACCUGGCGCCGAAGACCGACUUGAAGAACGUCCCCGAUUCCCCCGUCCUGGCCAUGAGGCAGAAGUUUGAGAACAAAGUGGCAGAAAUAUCCACGAAGAUCCGCAGUCAGUCUGAGGAGAGGAGAGGAGAAGCGGAGGGGAAGAGGACGCCGCUGUUCACCCGCCACCGCCACUCCCAGUCCGAGGGCCGCGGGCCGCAGGAGACGGGAAUCCCCGAGAACCAGCUCGCCAAACAGGCUGGAACCGGAGCUUCCAAGGAGUCCGUCGAAUCCACGUCCAGCGUCCAGUCGGAGAAGGAGAAGGCCUCGGAGGGGGACAGGCGGUCUCGCUGGGACCGGUGGGGACUGACCAGAGGCAAGAAAGACAAAACUCCUUCUCAGUCCGACCUGCCGUCCUCCGUCCCCCUGGAGGACGGCCCGUCCCACAGCCAGACCUUCAUCCGCUCUGCGUCCGACUUCGCUCCCGUGUUCCACAUCAAGCUGAAAGACCACUUCCUGUCGGAGGGCGAGCCGGUGACGCUCAGCUGCCUUCCUGCUGGGAGCCCUCCCCCCGACAUCACCUGGAUGAAAGAUAGGAAAUCCCUGGAGGUGGAUGACCGGAUGAACCUGAUCUCUCACCCUGACGGCAGACAGCUGCUCACCAUCACCAAAUCCAGCCGGAGGGACACGGGGAUUUAUGAAUGUGUAGCUACCAACCCGAUAGCCACCAUCACCACCUCCUGCACCCUCUCCAUCGCUAGUGUCCCAAAGCGACCCGGGACCCCCGAGGUCCCUCAGACGUACAACAACACGGCCCUGGUGCUGUGGAAACCAGCCGACAGCAAGUCUCCCUGCAGCUACACGCUGGAGAGGAGGACCGAGGCAGAUUCAAAGUGGACGACCGUGGCGACCCGAGUUGUCGACUGCUACUACAAUGUCACCAACCUGCCACCAGGGGGCCCCUUCCGGUUCCGUGUGUGCUGCGUGAACAAGGCGGGUCAGGGGCCCCACAGCAGCCCCUCGGCUCCGGUCCGCCUGCUGGACCCGGCAGAUGAGAGUUCCUCACCCACGGUUGCUGUGGUGAAAACCCUCCCCACCCCCCCCGAGCCCGUGGUCACCUCCUCAGUGAAACCAGUCCACACUGCUCCCAGGGUCACGGUCUCCACCUCCCCCCGGGCAGAUCCAGCCCCCCCAGCCGUGGUGGCGCCCGCCCCUCCUCCUCAGAAGAACACCUCCAGUCUUCCCUCCUCACCCACAGUCAAACCCCCCCCACCCUUUGUCCUCCCCAAACCCCAGAGUCCAGUCAACGUGGUGACCCCGAUGACCCAGGCCCCGCCCAUAUCGCCGCCACCUCCUCUUGUAGCCCCGCCUUCCACCCCCACUAAACCAGCGGUGACCUCCGUGCCCUCGUACGUUCCCACCGCCGCCGUCACCGCCCGCGUGGCGCCCUCUCCGGUCACCUUCUCCCCCCAGGUGCUCCAGGCGUCCAGCCUGAGCCCCAUCGGUGAGGGGGCCGGGACCCCGCCCAGAGGGACGCCGAGCAGAGGGACGCCGUCGGGACGGGCCACGCCCUCCACCGCCCUGCGACAGGGCGUCCCACAGAAACCUUACACCUUCCUGGAGGAGAAAUCCAGAGGUCGCUUCGGCGUGAUCCGGGAGUGUCGAGAGAACGCCACGGGUAAGAUCUACAUGGCGAAGAUCAUUCCCUACAGUCAGGACAACAAGCAGGAGAUCCUGAAGGAGUACGAGAUCCUGAAGUCGCUCCACAAUGAGAAGGUGAUGUCUCUGCACGAAGCCUACGUGACGCCGCGCUACCUGGUGCUGGUGACGGAGUACUGCACCGGCAAGGAGCUGCUGCACAGCCUGAUCGACAGGUUCCGUUACUCCGAGGACGACGUGGUGAGCUACCUGGUCCAGAUCCUCCAGGGCGUCGAGUACCUGCACAACCGCCGCGUCCUGCACCUGGACCUCAAGCCCGACAACAUCCUGGUGACCAGCCUCAACGCCAUCAAGAUCGUGGACUUUGGGAGCGCGCAGACCUUCAACCCGCUCAGCCUCAGACAGCGGGACUCCGGCGUGGGGACGCUGGACUACAUGGCUCCUGAGAUGGUGAAAGGAGAAGUGGUCGGUCCUCCUGCAGACAUGUGGACUGUGGGCGUCGUCACCUUCAUCAUGCUCAGCGGCCGACUUCCCUUCGAAGAUAAAAACCCUCAACAACUGGAAUCCAAAAUCCUGAUAGCGAAGUUUGACCCGACGAAACUUUAUCCCAACGUGUCUCAAAGUGCCUCAGCCUUCCUGAAGAAGAUGCUGAGCAGUUACCCGUGGGCCCGCUCCACCACACGGGACUGCUUCACGCACGCCUGGCUGCAGGACUCGUACCUGAUGAAGCUGAGGAGACAGACUCUCACCUUCACCUCCAGCCGGCUCAAGGAGUUCCUGGUGGAGCAGCAGCGCCGCCGCUCGGAGGACGCCACCAAGCACAAAGUCCUGCUGCGCACCUACCAGAGCUCCGCCCAGUCGCCGGCGCCCGGCGCUGCACCGCACGUCCCCAGCCCCAAGUGA